AAGUUACGGAGGUUGAUAGCUCUGCUUCAAACGACGUCGUAAAAUGUUGGGUGGGUUUGACCCCCAAAUUUCAAUUUAACCAACCGACGGAGUCUGAUCUGAGCACCACGCAGAGCUAUAUCACCCAAAUUCGCCUUGAUUUGAGCGCCCGCAGCAGGAAUCCAUCUAUCAAGCGUGAUUCAGUACUCAAGCAAAUUCACGCAGCGAUGGCGAAACGCUUUGGAUUUGGAUUUUUGGUCUCAUGGUUCCGUAGAUGUGUUGUGGACCCUCUUCACCAAAUCCUUCUCCGGGGAGCCGAGCCCAAGCAGCUCGCAUUCUCCGCUGCGCUGGGAAGCACUUUAGGGCUCUUUCCCAUCUGUGGGGUUCCUGUGUUUUUAUGCGGGUUAGCUAUUGCAGUACUUGGAUCCCAUUGUAAUGCGCCAACUGUAAUGCUGACUAACUUUAUUGUUACUCCUGUUGAGUUGAGUCUGAUAAUUCCAUUUCUACGAUUUGGUGAAUUCAUCACUGGUGGACCUCAUUUCGCUCUAACUUCUGAUGCUCUCAAGAAGGUGGUCACUGGAAAAGCUUCAUGGGAAGUUCUGCAUAGCAUUUUCCAUGCGCUACUGGGGUGGUCUGUUGCUGCACCAUUUAUUUUAGUCAGCUUCUACGCGCUAUGCUUGCCAUGUUUCAAGAUGUUGGUUCAUAGGUUUGCUGUUGCUCCUUCAAGCCCGAACAAGCCGCUCAGCUCAAUUGCAAGUCCAAGGAAGUCUCUCAGCUCCCCCUCUGAAGUCAGGCUAAAGGUCAGGGAUGUAUGACCAAAGGAGCUAGCGCUACGUUACACCAUUGCCAUAAAAUCAGACACACCCCAGAUAUAACUGUUACAAAACAUUUUUGUAAAGGCUGCUAGCAUGUAAAUGCUGUACCAUAAUUUGACCCAAGUGCAGAAACAUUUAUAUAGGGGAGCAUUAUGGUCCUAUUGCCUCUAUAGUGUUAGUUUCAACUUAAUAUUAUCCAUUGAAUCAAGAUUCUAGACGGAUGAGAUGUAUAUGGGAUGUAAUGUACCGUGUUACAUUAUUAGGGCCAUAAUGUACAUUAUAAGGGUACUAUUGUAAACACUGGAAUUAUAUCAGCAAUUUCAAAACUGCAAGUGCAGAAAUUACGCAA